UAACGAGAGUUCGGCACCGUAAACAGCUGCGAAUCUGUAAUGAAAAGUGUCUGCUCUACAGAUCACAAGACAAAAUAGAGAUUAGCUCCAGUAGCAUUGUGGUGAAGCCACUCAAAAUUUGUUAUUUCAAACUUUUUUGUUAACGAAGAAUGCGCUGAAAACUACAGGAACUAAACACAAUUAGAACUGGUUCAGGCAAUAUUGUUAUGCUAAAUUUCUUGGAUUGCUUGGGUCAGAUCUUUUGCGUAUGACUCGUGUAUAAGUCGAGGGUGAAUUUUUAGGUUGAUUUUUUGGUCAUAAAAGGUCGACUUAUACACGAGUAAAUACGUUAUCGUGUAGCUCUAAUUCAAUAUUUCCCUGACAAGCAAAAUAAAGUCUGCUUCAGAGUGAAUAGUUUGGAGGGUAUUUCAAAUUGUUAUGAAGUUUUUCCUACAUGGGAAUUCAGUUUAUCUAUAAUGUACUUAUAGAUCAAAUCAGAAAUUAAAACGGAUAAGUUUCUAAAAAACUGUCUCUCAAUGGCAAAGAGCUAGCGCUUGAAAUAUUAACCCUAUCAACUCAGGUUGAACAGUGCCAUGAUAAUGAUUGACUGCAAAUACAUAUAUGGCAGCACAUGAACAUGAGAAAAAGCCUAAAUGUUGCUUCAAAGGGCGUCUGGAUUUGGUGGACAACUCUUCAAGCUUGACAAAAAUACAUCUGAUCUGCUCUAAAGAAACACCACAGCUCUUUCCACGUAGAAGCAUUUGAAGGAACAAUCUUUUUGAUCAACUAAUGGAAAAAUCAAGUGGUGUAGGCUCCUUCACCAGACGUGUUGUGUUGCUGAAGGACAGUGAUUGUGAUAAGCACGAUGGCAAAAUAUUCAUGCCAACAACCAUAGACAUGGCAAAAAUUAAAAAGCCACACACUGGACAGUAUAACAAAGAAGUACUAUUUUCUAAAAGUAUGUCAGAGGAAGUGGUGAGGCAAACACUCCAGAAAGCAUUUCCCUCAUUCAACUUAACUGGAAGGUUUUAUUGUGCAUCCUUCAGCCAGGGAAGUACAGCUUUUAUUUUUCAUGGAAACCCUCGUGUCUGGGAUGGAAAGAUGCUUAGAAAAACAGUGAGGGGUAAUUCAGUUCUCUACAUUCUGUUGGAGGAUGAUCAGAUGCCACAAGAAUCACCACAUGAAAUCAAUGAUACUACCAACAGCUCAGCACUGGUGGCUUUGUCAAACUUGAAUCAGCCAAUCUUGAGUGAUACAAGUGCAACAGUCAUGGUUAAGAAUACUUUGCAACCCCUGAAUGACUAUCCAAUACAAGAAGGCAACAUUCUUAACGGGUCAUUGGCAGCCAGCACAAAUUGUAAUCUGAUAAAUCCACAAAAUAAAGCUGAUACAGGUAGAUCAAAAUCAGUGGCUUUUCAAAACAUAAACCAACCCAACUCGAGUGAUUCAAGUGCAACAAUCAUGGUUCAGAAUAAUAUGCAAUCCUGGGAUGCCUUUCAAAUGCAACAAUGCAAUAUCCUUUCGGAGGAAUCGGCGUCCAACCCAGAUUUUAGCAUGACAGAACCGCCAAACGCAGCCCCUGCAGAUGGUGGUCUAGACGUGGACACAAUGGUGGAUCAAUGGUUGGAAAUGGCAGAUUUUUGGAACCCUCAAAUGGCAGAUGGUAAUGACCCCAUCGGAACUUUAGAAAUCAGAGAUUGUCGACUCCUUAAUCAAGGAUCCUUGUGGAAUUCCAUUGAGAUGUCUGACAGCUCAGCCGGUUAUGUCAAUACCACUAGCGGUAUUUCUGAACUUGGUCACAAUUCCUUAGAUGAUCUGUCGCCAAAUGAAGGCGAGCUCUUUGACUUCAGUGUCACGCCAAAAAAAGUUCCCUUACAGGGUGGUGAAUUGUGUUGUUUUUCAUCUGGUCGAGCGUUUCCAAGGAAUGUGCAGUCUGGAUUUGCUAUCUUCGAGAAUCUAGACACUGUUGAAGUAAAGAGGUGUGGCGAAGACUCCCUAGUUGGAAGGAAGAUUCCACCUUCCAAAACGCCAGGAUGGGUCACAAUAUUUUUACAACGAGCAGAUGGUACAAAGCUAGGUGAAACGAAAAUUUGGUACUACGAUGAAGAUAAAGAGGCUCUUCAACGGAUAACUGAAAACCCGAAGUUACAGCUGGAUUUUUUCCGAAAUUAUUCUGAGAUGUUGAGUAAUCGUUACACUAUAACAGCUAGUGGCGCUGAAGCACAAAACUCAGGAAUUUGUGGUUCCACAGAACCUGUGCAGAUGUUAUGCGUCUUAGUUUAUGCUGCAGCAGAAAUUGGUGUUCAACAAUUUAUAGAAAUGAUCUUCAACUCGUCCGCCGGAAGAGUAGUUUAUAAUCGUUACAAAGACAGCUCAGUUUUUCCUGAAGCUAUUGCCAGAGAGUAUGGGCACGAGAAGACAGCUACUUUUCUUGAGGAGAUAACUGGCAGAUUUUCUAAAGAGGCCAGUGAAGAGCAGAACUACCCCCAGACAAUCGACUGGUCUGAGCUUGUGAGAGCUGCAGAGGAAGCACAAAAACAGCCUGGCCUAUGCACUGAAGAAGAGAGCAAUCAUCUUGAAAGUAAUGCUGUAAAGGACACUGGUUAUUUAGGAGACAUCGAUACCUCGUCCAACGAAUCUUGCGAGAGCGGAAGCUCCGAUUCUGAAGAUAACAUUCCUUGGGCGACUUUUAAAGAAAUGAAUUACCUAGCAGGUAAGCUUGGCGAAAUUGCAUUGUUACAUGAAGAUCAGAAAUUUGGAAUGAAGAAGGCACCUGUGAGCCAAAGUCUGAUGUAUUUUUGUGAAGCUGGACAUUUUAACCGAGAACAAGUAAAUUCUACAGUGUCCAAGAAAGCUGUGUUACCGACCUUAGAGGGAUGGCAACUCUCCCUUUUCCAAGAUAGCUUCAUUCGAGAGGCGUCCGGCUUGAAACACCUGAGAAGUCUCAAUCGAUGUGAUACUUCUUUUUUCCUGGGCCCAGAAAAGGAAAGUAUCCAAUGUCAUAUAUUCACGGAGUAUGAAAAGUGGUGCCUCCUGUUUAAAUACAUGAAAGACAGCAGUUUACACAGUCGGACGUUUGCAACUGAAGGUGGACAGUUUGUAGAACAAGUUAAUCAGGUAACCCAAGCUGUUAUGAUGGGAGCCUCCUCUGGCUGCGCUAAAGACCUUCUUCGUAUACAAUCAACAAGAGAACUCGUGACAACUUUAGAUAAUUCGGAGUUAGCUGUUCAAUGGAAUUCGGCUCAAAGGUCAACAAAAGAUUCUACUUCUUCCGAUUUAUGGGUGUUGACUUGUCUGUGCCGUCCAGCGAGGAAUGUUUUGUUUUUAUAUGUUGCAGACAACAGCAAUGUUUUUCCCCAAAAAGCGUAUUUCGACGAUGACAGAUACGAAUUGUCAACCCAGUACUGGCAGUGGCAGCGAUACUGCAGCAGUUUGUUUGAUGUCCAAAGUAGGCUACGAGAAAUGCGAAAACUAUCAGAGCAAAUGAGACCAGAAUUCGGCCCAACUCCUCUUCCUACAUACGGGGCAAAGAUGUUGCCUCAAGUGCAGGGCAAGCACGUGUUACGCCAACUUGAAUGCUGUCCUACCUGGUUGUACAUCAUGAUGCAUCAGUGUUGGGUCUAUGCUCCAGUGGAUAGGCCACCUUUCAUCGCCAUAUUUGAUGGCAUCUCGUCGAGGACACUGGGGGCGGCUUGGUUAAUUCAGUAUAGCCAGGGAAAGUCUUCACCCUUGAAUAAACGCCAGUCAGAAGAUCCUCGCCUUGUAAACGAUAAAACAAAUCCACCUUCCUCAAACGUCAACGUGACUGAUUAUUGCAGCGAAAGAAAGGAAAAGUUAUACGAAGAAAACUUACAUGGGGACGAUGAAUGUUAUGUGGUCUGCAUUGACGAACACCUCUUGCUUCCACUGAUUACAGCUUAUACCCCUUCUAAAAUCUUCUACGGAGUCAGCAAAGGAAUCGGUGACGCCCAAAACGAGGUUAAUGUCGAAACUUCAUUCAUUAGUCAGCUUGAUUGUAAGCGGAAGUCACGUAAACAAAGAACUGGUUUGCACGACGGUGAGGCUCGCAGCCUCUCUGUAAUUAGAAGCUCGAGAAAACGCCUUAGUGAAGGUUUGGCGGAUAGCACGUCACCAAUUGAUUUCACUCUAACAAUCAACAGCAAGGACGACUACCUGGAUCGAGACUGGGGAAGAGGCCCGGGUGAGGGUUUGGCGACGAGUACGUCAUUAACUAAUCUCACCUUAACAAUUAACAGCAAAGACGAAUACCUGGAUCGAGACUGGGGAAGAUACCUGGGAAGAAGUUUGGCGAAGAGUAGUUCAUUAACUGUUUUCAACCUAACAAUCAACAGUAAACACAGAUACUUGGGUGGAGACUGGGGAAACGGCCUGGGUGAGGGUUUGGCGAAGAGCACGUCAUUAACUGCUUUUACCCUAACAAUCAACAGCGAACAUGGAUGCUUGGACAGAGACUGGGGAAAAGGCCUGGGUGAGGGUUUGGCGAAGAGUACGUCAUUAACUGCUUUCAGCCUAACAAUCAAUAGCGAACAUGGAUUUUUUAAUGGAGACUGGGGGAAAGACCUCCAUGAAGCUUUGGCGAGGAGUACGUUGUUAACUGCUUUCACCCUAACAAUCAACAGUGAACGCGUAGACUUGAACGGAGACUGGGGAAAAGACCUAGGUGAAGGUGUUGCGAAGAGUACGUCAUUAACUGCAUUUACCCUAACAAUCAACAGCCGUCGGUUAUUUCUGAUUAGAAAAUGGGGAAAAGGCCUUGGUAAGGGUUUGGCGAGGAGUACGUCAUUAACUGCUUUCACCUUAACAAUCAACGGCGUUCUCAGAUAUCAGCGUGGAAACUUGAGAUAUGACCUGAGUAAGGCUUUGGCGAAGAGUAUGUCAUUAACUGCUUUCACCCUAACAAUCAACGGCGAACACAGAAUUCGGAAUGUACACUGGGGAAAAGGCCUGGGUAAAGGUUUGGCGAAGAGGAAUGAGAGAAAGCGAAAAGAGUUCACUAUUCCGUUCCCUUCAUUCGAUCUUGAUAUGGGUGUCCUCUGUCUGUCCGUAAGCCCUCUGUCUUAUCAAUUCAUCAAUCAUGGAGAGAAAAAAUUAGGCUCUGGAUCUCCAAAUUUUCCAAAGUGUUCAACCAAAUCAACGGAGCGGGAAAUCAAGAGGGGUAUCUUUGCGCCGUUCCCUGACACGAGGAAUGAUAGAAUGCGAAAAGAAUACACGAUGCUGUUUGGAAAUUUGAGGAUAGCUGACAGCGGGGCUCUGGAUGGAUUUUUCCCUUCAUUUAAUCAUGAUAGAGGUGUCUGUGUAAGCCCACGGUCUUUUAAACGGAAUCGAACCAUCAAUCAUGGAGAGAAAACUUUAGACUCUGGAUCUCCAAAUUUUUCAAAGUAUUCAACCAAAUUAACGGAACGGAAAAUCAAGAGGUGUAUCGUUCCGCCGUGCCCUGACACGAGGAAUGAGAGAAUGCAAAAAAAUGCACGAAAAAAUGCGGUGACGAGAUCUUUGUUGGAAAAGACGAAAACAUACCUGAAGUCUUGUUAUAGACCCAUUCUAAAUCUUAAGUUACUAGGGAGAGAAAAUCUUAAUAAUUUAGCAACAUAA